AGCACUGUGAAUCAGUUUUGUAUAUAUUCCAGCAUGGCUUGGAGACGAAACCAUUUCCAGGGGCAGUUUGGAAUAAACGAAACACCACUGACCAUUGCUAUAGAGAAUGGGAACUUCACCACAGCGGAAGAAAUCAUCCUGGCGACAGCGGAUCCCACACAUCUAAACGAUGGCCCUUACGAGAAGAUUCCUCUCCACAUGGUCCUAACCAAUAACCAUCACACUGACCAGAGUCGCAACUUGAGAAUAGCCAAGCUACUCGUGGAGAAAGGAGCCAAUGCAAACUUACGUAUACCCUAUGGAGACAUGGACAGAGCCUCUCCAAGCCCCUUUGAGGAACUAGUUGUUUAUUAUGAAGUAUUAAAAACUUACAUUGAAGGGAAUUCUGACAUCCUUUGUGAAGAACUGGAUAUGUAUUUUGAACUGGAGGAGAUUAAGUUGGAAUUCAUAACAAACACAGUUGAUUUUUCUGGUGCAAAAUGCAUGCCAACUGUAGAGGACUGUCAUAAGUUAAUUGAGCAGACAAGUGAGUUGAUUGACAUCUUUCUAUCCUGUGGUAGUGAUCCCAAUGUAAUUACAACAUUUGCUCAUAAAACUCUCUUUCAUUGGGUAACAGAACAUGAGGACAUUGAGCUUUCCAAACGUUUCCUUGAUACCUGUAGGGUCAACCUCAACCUCUGUGAUGUACAUGGGAAUUCACCAUUAAUGGAUGCUAUUUUGAGAAAUGACCCUCAAAAUUCCCUUACCCUGUAUGAAGCCAUGUGUGAUACAGUAGAAUAUAUAGAUGUAAAUACACACAACUGCUGUGGGGAGACUGCUCUCUUCAGAGCAGUCUUUGUUGGAGCUGUAGAUGUUGCCUCUAAGUUGUGUGAGAAUGGUGCUCAAAUAGAAAGUAAUGUUUUUUUGACUCAGGUUGCCAUAUCUUACCCAGCUGAGUGUGACCUUUGUGCUGGGUCUCCAAUGCGCCUAGUCCCUAAUCUGAUGACACCACUGUUAGCUCCCCUUCUGGCAGAUGCUCCUACUAGGCUAAGAUAUAUCCAUGUCCCAACACAUGAUUCUGGGACAAAGGUAAUUCGUCCUCACAAACACUUGACUGAUAAGAUAGUAGUGUCUUCCAUUUCUCCUUUAGUUGAUCUUGGUUGUCUAUGUAACCAACAUGUUGCUACUGAGCUAUGUUCCUUACUUACUAUGAGUAAUUUUAAGCACCUAAGAGAUGGUAGAAUUCAGAUGAUGGACUUGUUAACUCUAAUGUUUGGACAGGUCACAGCUGGUCUACGACAGUUGUGUGUAAGGUCCAUUUUUGAUCAUGUUUUCAUGGUCUCCCAUCUCCCACAGAAAAAGUGGCCUGAGCUAAUUCCACAUGAUCUUUGUAUCAAAGACUGUAAAGGUGCUUUGAUUGAAUCCUAUAUAGCUGAGUUGGUAGACUUACUGAGUCUCCCUCAGUCUUUCAAAAUCUUCUUUGAGAUUGAAGCUGCCAAGUACCAGAUGUGCAAACUAAUCAUGGGUUUGCAGAGUGUUGACUGUGAUCAGGCAUGUUCUGACUCUGAUAAUUCAAUGUUUGAUGAUGAUGAAGAAGAGGACGAGUCCUUUGAUACCUCAGAGGUUUCAUCAGACUAUGCAGACUCGCUCCUGUUCUUUUCUUCAGAUAUGCUCAGUGAAGAGUCUUUGGAAGAGGAAGAAGACCUGUCCGAUGAAGAGGAGUUCUCUGGGAGUGAAGACGAGGAAGAAAAGAUCAAUGGAGAGAUGAAUGGUCAGGUUCACAGGAGGAGGAAAAUCAGCUGUAAUUAUGAAACCCUAAGUUCAGGGUCAGAAAAUUUAGGGGAGUCAUUGUGCGAGGAAGCAGUGGAAGUAGCCCCGUCACAGCCAUUGGAAGUCCAAGAGAAUAACUUCCAAAUAUUUAAUGGUGAAUGUGUUACCUCAAGUGGAUCAGCCGAGGACUUUAGUGCAAGUGAGCCUCUGUCGGAUUCUUCGUGGUAAAUCAUCAGGCGUGAUUGUAAUGAGAGAACAGCACUAAUUUGCUUUUACACAGUUGAUUAUCUUUAGUAUAACAUUCCUUCCUCAGAUUUCUUGGGACUUCUAUAUGACUGAUUAGAUAUGCUUUUUAAAGAUUUAAUUAUAAUAUGUUUAGGAAUUACGCAUAUGGUAUAUUAUUUAUAUUCAAUAUAAAUUGAUAGAACUUGUUUUGUGUACUUCAUUGUAUAAAAAAUUAUUAUAGAAAAAAUAGUAAAUUGAUUUGUCAUAUGUAUAGUAAAUAUAUAUAUAUAUUUUUGUGUAUGUGCAAAUUUCUCAGGUCAUAUAAUGAUACACUAUAUGUUAAGGCUAACAUCAGUGAAGAAUGUAGACAGAAAUUACUGCAUGGGAGGCAUUAUUCUGUGAAUUUACUCUAAUAAAAGAAGUUUUGCUGCUAUGGUGUAUAGUGAAAGAUAUAUUUCUGUUAUGUACGCUAAGUGUUUUUUGUAUAGUGUUUAGAUUACUAUAAUUUACUGAUAUAUUUCAUUCAGUAAGAUUUUGUAAUUCUGAAAUGUUUUAUUUUUUUAUGAACUAAGCUUAAAAGAAAUGUAAUGAAAAAUUAGAAAUGUGUUGUAUAUUGAAAAUACAUUUAAGAUUUAUUGUUUUCUUAGAUAUAUUUUAGUAUUUUUUUGGAUUAUUGUAUUUGUCACUAUAAUGCAGUAUUAUAUGUCCAAUUACUUGCUCCAGCUAUUCCAGUUAUUGUUACAGGUUAAAAGUUGAAGUGUGUAAGCAAAAUUAAAAUAUACAAGAAUUUAACUUAGCUUUAAAGUGAAUAGAAGUUUGAUUUUGAUAUAUAUUUCAUUGUGUGAAUAGAAGAUGGAUUUAACAGUGUAUUUAGUUUUCUUAUGAAUAGAAAUUUGUUUCACUGCUA